AUAACUAUAAUGUUAUAGCAUUUAGUAGUGAUAACUAUAAUGAUUUAAACAAUAAUAACAACAACAACACUACAAAUAUACAAUCGGAUCUAUAUCUAUGCGGAGGCAUUGAUAGCGACACGUAUUUUUCAAAAUGCAUAAAAUAUAAUCUGGAAACACGUGUUUGGCGAUCAAUUCAGCCGAUGACCAGUAGUCGCGUGUGGUUUCAAUUGGUUGCUUACAAAUCUCAAUUGUAUGCCAUCGGCGGGUUUGAUGGCAGUGAUGAUACAAAUAGUGUUGAAAAUUAUGUUAGCGAUACAAAUACAUGGUAUCCAUCGUUGAAAUCGUUGAACAAAAUACGAGAAGCAAUGGGUGCAGCAGUUAUUGAUAACAGUAUCUAUGUUUGCGGCGGUUUUGAUACUAAACCUGGAGAAUUUCAAGGUCAAUACUUGAAUGAUUGUGAAUAUUAUACAACAAAUACAAAACAAUGGUAUCUGAGUAUACCUAUGCUAUCUAGACGGGCACAUUUGGCACUGGUAGCUCAGGGACAACUGUUGUAUGCAUUGGGUGGCCGGGAUAAUGGCAGUGAAUUGGCUACUGGGGAACGGUAUGAUACGGGUAGUCAACAAUGGCAGCCAAUAGCUAGUAUGCUAACCAAAAGAGCUGAAUUUGGUGCCGUAUCCUAUAAGGACAAGCUAUAUGUGUGCGGAGGAUCGGUAGCUUUUGGCUCAUAUACUAACCAAUGCGAGGCAUAUGAUCCAGUGGCCGAUAAGUGGACAAAAAUUGGAUCAUUGAGUGAAAAACGUAAAAGUUUACAAUUGAUAGUCUAUAAUGAAAGGUUGUAUGCAUUGGGUGGCUAUCCAUUGACAAAUACUGUAGAAAUUUACGAUUUAGAGGCCAAUGAAUGGCAAUUUAGUCAACCGUUUCCCUAUAAAGUACAAGCAUUUGGGGUAUAA